AUGCCACUUAAACCCUCUGACCGGACAAAGCUUUCCAUCUUGCUUCCUCACCUCCCCAUCUACCAGCACAGUGUCGAUAUCACGUACGCUCGAGUGCAAAACAAUGGCCAUGACCGGAUCCCGUUGGGCGACACACACCAUAGCUGGGCUGAAAACAUCAAACACUACCAGGUCUGCCUUUUUGCCCACUUUGAUGCUACCGAUGUCAUUCUCCAUUCCAAGUGCACGCGCGCCCUGAACGGUCCCCAAGUUAAACGCAUCGACCGUCUUGUGAGAAACUUCUCGCCGCCACUGGCUGUUUCGUAUAAUGACAAUCGACACCGAUAG